UCAGCAGAGCAGUCAGUGCCGCGCGGACAUUCUAAGCGGGCACACGUCUCGUUAAUUCAACUCGCAUGUUAAGAUAUAUUGGCAAUUUAAGUAACUCCGUGGCCGCCGCUAAAACUUCGACUUGUUUACGAAUUUGAGAUACCUACUACCUACGGGUCAAAGUGACCCAGGUGUACCUACGUGAAAUACUAUGUUAUAUAGCAGCAAGAAUGACGAGCGUCCACAGCGCGUGGAAGGAGGAGGUGCACGACAUCCCGAUCUCGGUGCUGAUCCGGCCGUUCAUCCCAGAGCUGGACGAGGCCAAGGUCCAGUCGCUCAUGGACACUAUUAAGAAAGAAGAAGAAGCCGGCAAUGUGCCGCCGAUAGACGUUCUCUGGAUCAAAGGCUCACAGGGCGGCGACUAUUACUACAGCUUCGGGGGCUGCCACCGCUACGCGGCAUACACGAGGCUACGGCGCGACACCAUCCCGGCCAAACUCAUACGGUCCACCCUGAGCGAUCUGAGGACGUAUCUGGGGAGCAGCACGCCUGAUUUGAAGUAGACGUAGGCAUUUACUCAAGGGUGGAUCCAAGCCAAGGGAGCUUGGGGCCUGGGUUGCGGAUUCGUUCGUUGAGCUACAAGUACAUGCCCGCGGCCCAUUCAGUGGUGACGACCUUCGCGCGGCGCAAUCCGCGGUCCGUUUGUUAACCCCUCGUAUAUGCUUAGACACGGAUCCGUGCGUGGGAAUUUUAAUCUAUUGCUUUAAAUGUCAAGGUCACUAUUUCAAUGACCAAAAUUAACAGGCCGCAUACGAGGGGUUAAUGUAGGUAAGAAUCAUGAAAGUCGGUGACCAGCUGGAUCCGCCCUUGCCGUUUCUCAAAACGUAGGCAAAUUUUGUAACUCCUCUUAGGGCCAGUUGCAUCAACCACAUUUGACAGACACAUCAUCGUCACGCAACAGACGUCUAUGGAACUUCCCAUACAAUAAAAUUUAACGAACGCUUUAACGGUGACAGACGGUUUAGUGCAA